UAAGGGACACGUCAUGCGGAAGUUGUGCAUUUCUUCGUAAUUCACGUCGCGUCCUUUCAUUCAUCGGCCUGUUUUGUUCAGUAAUUAUAUUCACCAGUUGUAAAUAUUGAAUUUACCAAGAUGCCUUCAACAUUCGAGCUUUGUCCCGGACGGAUGAUCGGAGGAGACCACCCGUGUUUCAUCAUAGCUGAAAUUGGGCAGAACCAUCAGGGAGACAUUGAGAUUGCCAAGAAAAUGAUCAAAAUGGCAAAGGAUUGUGGCGCCGACUGCGCCAAAUUCCAGAAAAGCGAGCUCGAGUACAAAUUCAGCAAGCGAGCCUUGGAGCGUCCGUACGACUCCAAAAACUCCUGGGGAAAAACUUACGGCGAGCACAAGCGCCAUCUGGAGUUCAACCAUGACCAGUACAGAGAGCUGCAGAAAUAUGCUGCUGAGGUGGGGAUCUUCUUCACAGCUUCAGGGAUGGACGAGAUGGCAGUGGAGUUUCUCCAUGAACUCGAUGUGCCUUUUUUAAAAGUGGGAUCUGGAGACACCAACAACUUUCCCUAUUUGGAGAAAACAGCCAAGAAAGGUCGUCCCAUGGUGGUGUCCAGUGGGAUGCAGUCAAUGGAGACAAUGCGCCAAGUCUACAAGACGGUGAAGCAGCACAACGAAAACUUUGCUAUCCUUCAGUGCACCAGCGCCUACCCUCUGGAGCCUGAAAAUGUCAACCUCAGAGUGAUCACGGAGUACCAAAAGGAAUUUCCAGACAUUCCCAUUGGAUAUUCUGGCCACGAGUCUGGAACGUAUGUUUCUGUGGCAGCGGUGGCUCUGGGAGCAAAGGUCAUUGAGCGUCAUGUAACGCUGGACAAGACAUGGAAAGGAAGCGACCACGCAGCUUCACUGGUGCCUUCUGAACUGGCUGAACUGGUUCGUGCCAUUCGACUGGUGGAGAAGGCGAUGGGAAGCAACGUCAAGCAGAUGCUGCCAUGUGAGAAGCCGUGCCAUGACAAGUUGGGAAAGUCAGUGGUGGCCCAGGUGAAGAUUCCAAAAGGAACAGUCCUAACUCUGGACAUGUUGUCGGUGAAGGUGGCUGAGCCCAUGGGCGUCGCAGCCGAGGACAUCUUUCAGCUGGUUGGAAAGACGGUAACGGAGGACGUGGAGGAGGACGAAAGCGUCACUCCUGAGGUGGUGGACAGCUAUGGCAAAAAGAUUAAGUGCUGAGAUCGAGAGAUUUAAAAUGAUCAAGAGGUGCUUAUUUAGAAGUUAUUUACAGGUUUACUGCGGGGAUAAUUGGAAUGGAGUCCAGGAUCAAACAUGGGUUAUGGGGAUAAUUUACUUUGAUCAUGGUGACACUUCUCACAUGAAACAUU